UGACCAGCUUCUCUCCCUGAUCUGUCAACCGACUGGCUUGGCGCCUCCCCUCUCCUCUAUAAAUGUAGGAAAUCUAUUCAUUCCCUUCACACUGAGCCUGGUGAAGUAAGAGGAGCUGUGGGGCUCCACGGGAUGUGUUGACAGACUAGAAUUAACGCCUUUCGGGUUAUCUUCUUCUCUCGGCAGACUGAGGCUGCAUUAGAGUAGCUUUACCGUGUUUACAGCGCCGGGGUAAUCUCAAAUACCUCCUGCUACCAGUAGCUAAUUGUUUGGGUUUUUUUCAUUGCCUCUCUCUGAGCCGUUGGUUGUUAUCUAAGAUGAAGGCUGUUACUCCAGUCCGCCCCCAGAAGGACUCCUCCUCCAGCAGCAGCCAGCUCUCCCUGCACUAUCUGUCGGAGCGCAGCCUCAACAUCGCCCGGUGCAGGAUGGAAGAGGAGGACCUGUUCUGCCUGCAGUACGACAUGAACGACUGCUACAGCCGGCUGAAGCGCCUGGUGCCCACCAUACCGCAGGAUAAGAAAGUCAGCAAAGUGGAGAUCCUCCAGCAUGUCAUAGACUACAUCCUGGACCUGCAGCUGGCCCUGGAGACGCACCCUUCUCUUCAUAAACAGCCACAGCGGACCGGGACCUGCCCUCCUCCAGCCUCCAACCCCAGCCGGACACCGUUGACGGUCCUCAACAUUGACCACCAGAGGACGUCAAUAGUCAAAAAGCCGGAGGACUCAAUUUUAUGCCGCUGAAAUAUAAGCACUGCAUUGGUGUGCAGGCUGCACAGAGCCGCUCCAAAGCCAGCAAAGCUUCGCCAGGGACUCACACCCAACUGGAGGCACAAUCACAAGGGGGAUUUCAAAACCGCUGGGAGGAAUAAAACCCAAAUAAAAUCACCAUUUAUAUGCCCUUUUUUUGGUUCCACUGAACAGGGAAUCUGUGUCCGAGCAGCCGCCCCUUAAGUUGCCAUAAUAACUUUAUUUCUUGUCAUUUGAAUUCUUUUUUUAUUUUUUUCUAAAAGGGCGAAACAUGUGGAAUCCCUAUGCUGUGAAGUUUUUUUGUUGGAAACCCCUUGGUCAACAGAUUGUGAAUUGUGCUAAAAAGAAAAUGUAAAAACAACUCCAGUUUAAAGCUUUACUAAACAGCGAAAAAUUAUUGUACAUGUUUUGGACAUCUAUUGUUUAAAAUAGAUGAUUUGUGUUGAACAGGGGUGUUAUCCCUGGGAUUGAAAAAUGUUUAAUACUGUAAAGAACAAUUCUGAGUCAAGACAAUUAAGAUUGUACAUAUAGAGAAACAAAUGUUCUAUAAAUGUAUGUGAAAGGAAAUACUUAUAUGCUUCAAAUAGACUAUUGUAAUUAUAAGAUAUUUUUAUUAAAACAUUUUUUUGUUGUUAUGUAAAUAUUGUGUUUCCACUUUUAAGUCUUUAGUGAAUGACCGUGGUUAUGCUCUGCCAAUAACAUCCUCACAUCAUCAUAUCAGUUUAACUCUUUGCAGUGUUUUGGAAUAGUUUUAAUAUGUAGCAUGUCAGGCUCCAUUGCAAAGAUAUUGAAUGUGCACUGAAACAGCCCUCCUGUGUAGAUAUGUGGUGGAGUUCAACUCGAGUUCCUCUCCUUUCUUUCAUUUGCCCUGCUCAGCUUUCUCUCCCAUUGUUUUGUAUUCAUUAACUAUUUCUAUAACAACUUGGAGCCGUUCACAGCUGUGGGGUCGGUUUGCUGUUUGAGCAAAAAAAAAGGCCCAAGUUUGAUUCUGUUGUACUGGACCCUUGUUUAAAAAAAAAAAAAAGAAAAAAAAAAGACAGACUAGAUCUGAGCGUUACAGCACUUCUGUUUACAAUUAAAAACCUACAAAUCACUGCAUAGCAAUGUGUCUAUUAUAUUACAGGCUCUAUGUUUGUCUUUGUGCGGACAGUGGUUCUCCUUGACAAGUUAAUGAUUGACGCCAUGGAAUCAUUAAACUCUGGUUAUGAAUUGAUUAAAUACGUGAACAUUAACAGACUCUUUUUGGAUGACAAAGUAUACUGUAAAGAAAAGCAAUGCUGUUUGCUAGAUAUUAAUUCAAAGAUUUCCCUGUUGGAAAGUCAGCAGCCAUUGUUAAUGUUUAAAAAAAAAAAAAAAAAGAAAACACAUAAUUAAUAAUGCCUUUAUUUUUCAUGACAUUGAACACCGAAUUUACCUCACCUCCCUCCUGCCAGUGUGAGAGGGCACUUGUACAUUACUGUCAGCUGCACUGUUGGACUUGACCUUCACUGGCUUGUGAGGAGUUGUCAAAACAAUUAAAGGGUAAAGUUUCCAGGAA